AGAAGAGUGAUCCCUGCUCGUGCACAAGUCUUUUUUCGACUUUCUAAACUUUCUAGAUGGAUUCUCUCUGAUAAGAGCGUCGGGUCGAGUGCUCCGUCUCAACUCUCAAUCGACCGCGCGAUUUCUCCGGCCCCAUUCAUACAAAAGAGCACAGUUCGCGCGUCCCUCAGUUCCACUCCGGCCCCUUCCAUCUCAACUUUGCUUUAUACCAUCUCCUGUGUCAUCGUCCAUGGCGAUGGCUGCAGCGGGGGAGUGGUGGGAGGCAGCGAAGGCGACCAUCGCGGCGUACACAGGACUGCCGCUGGAGGCGUUCAUCACGGUGGUUGCGGUGAUCGCCGGGCUUUACAUGGCCGUCUCCGGCUCAUUCGCACGGCCAGCCCCGUCGCCGCCGAGAAGGAAGGGGGCGGAGGACGAGAGGACGCUCGAGCGGCUGCUGCCACCGGUGCAGCUUGGUGAGGUGACGGAGAAGGAGCUGGGGCUCUAUGACGGGUCCGACCCCAAGAAGCCGCUCCUCAUCGCCAUCAAGGGGCAAAUUUAUGAUGUCACGCAGAGCAGGAUGUUCUAUGGACCUGGCGGCCCAUAUGCAUUGUUUGCGGGGAGAGAUGCAAGUAGGGCAUUGGCAAAGAUGUCAUUUGAGCUGAGUGGUUUAACUUGUGACGUUUCAGGCUUAGGCCCUUUGGAGGUGGAAGCCUUGCAAGAAUGGGAGCAAAAAUUCAUGGGCAAGUAUGUGAAGGUUGGAACAAUAAAGAAGACCAUUUUGGUCUCUGAUGAAGAUGGUAGAGCGCACGCUGAGAUAUCUGGAAUAGGCUUCGACGUAAAUGUAAUACAGAGAAAUCAUGAGUUGGCGCCAGAAGAAAAUAGAGCUGAAACUACAACUGCGGGUCAUGUAAGUGCAAUGGAGCAACCAAUAAAAAUAUCCCAUGUGGGUGACAGUAAAAGCAUCCAUGAAGAUGAAGUGGAGAAGCUAGAGGAAACGUGUGGUGCAGAUUUAAGGAACACAAGCAUCACUGGCGAUGGAGGAGAGCCUAAAGACGCCGGGGAGAAGGCAAAACAGGCACCAGGUGUAGAUGUGAACAGUAGCAGAAACCCGUGAAGGUGCAUGAGGAUCAAGGGAAGCGUCAGAUAUUGGUUAGAACAAUACAAACAUCCAUCAAGAUGAAAUGGAGAAACCAAAGGAAACAUCAGAUAUUGAGGUGAAGUAUGCGUAGAGUUGUGCCUAUUGAUGAUGAUGCAUAGAGUUGUGCCUAUUUAAGAAGGACGUAGAUGAUUGAUUCUUCAUGUUUCUGAUCCAAACAGCACAUCCUCUCAACUCUUACUCUGCAUUGCACCUCACUCUGCAAUGAAAUAAAUGAGAAUCUACUGUGUUAAA